GGAUGAAUUAGAAAUACAAAAAUCUCCUGUGUCCUCUAAGCAUAAAGUGCCACCAGCAUCAAAGAAAUCUGCUAAAAAGAAAAAGUCCAAUACACCAGAUGAUCUUUUAUAUAUUGCAAAUAACAUAAUUACUACCGAAAUUAAAGAUUUAGAUGAUAUCAAAACAGAUAGCCUUGAUCUUAAAGUCUUGGUUUUGAAGUUGGUUAACAAUAAAAUAUUUAAAGUUGUCAG